AUGGAAGAAGCAAUAAAACAAAUCGAGAUAAAACAGAAGUUAGCUCAAGGCACAUGUGAAACCUUAGAACGAGCGAUCGAAAGGCGAAAUAUAACGAGCAUCGAGCGUCAUAAAAACACUAUACGGAAAACCGCAGACGAGAUUUACGAAUUAAAGGUAAAAGUGCAAGAGAUACGGAUAGGAAACGGAGACGAGGCGAGCGAGAUUAAAACAUGGACGGACAGCAUAGAACUAGAACUCGAGAGAUGGGAUAGUGAGAUAGCGAAAACAUUAAAAAUAACGAAUAAAUGGAAACAAGAAGAGGAAGAGGAAGCAAAACUGCACAAGCGAGAAAUCGAAGCGAAAGCGCGCCAUGAGCAGUUCGAACAGCAACUGGAAUUCGAUAGGACUCAAAUGGAUCUAAAGCUGCAACAUGAAAUUAAGCUGGAUAAAACGCGUAAAGAGUAUGAGAAGGCACGAAGUACGAGCGCAAAACUACCUAAGCUUGUAAUCACACCAUUUCACGGGACACAUUUGGACUGGCUACGCUUUUGGAACCAAUUUGAAUGCGAGAUCGACAAGGCGGACGUUGCAGCGGUGACGAAGUUCUCUUAUCUUAAAGAAUUGGUCGGCCCAAAAGUGAAGUCAUCCAUAGACGGUCUGCCAUUCUCUACGGAAGGUUACGAGCGGGCAAAGAAUAUCUUAAAGACGAAAUACGGGGACGACAGCGAGAUCGUGAAUGCGUAUGUACAGAACCUGAUGAAUCUACCGAACAUACAGGGAACGAAUCCUGGUAAGAUACACACAUUCUAUGAUAAGUUAGUGUUUAACGUGCAGUCUCUAGAGACAUUGGGGAAGCUGAAAGAAGUAAAUGGGUACGUUCGCAUGACCUUAGAUAAACUAGAGGGGAUACGGGGAGAUUUAGUUCGAACAGAUGAUGGCUGGCGGCAGUGGGAUUUUGUCAAACUAGUAGAUGCCCUUAGGAAAUGGACGGAGAGAAACCCCACGAGAGUCGAUGACAGGUCCCUUGAUAAAAAUAGUAAUAAGUUCUCGAAUGUUCUUCGAACGAAAACAUUCCAAACGCGCCAACACGAAACAAAACAGAGACGGUGUGUUUAUUGUAACGAGAUUGACCAUAUGUCAAUCAACUGUCCAAAAUUAGUUACGUCUGCCGAGCGAAAGAAGUAUCUAAGCGAUAAGCGUUUGUGUUUCAACUGUACUGGGGCCGAUCAUCGUGCCUCCGAUUGCCGAAGCCGAUUUGCUUGUACCAAAUGUAAGCGUAGACAUCAUACCUCGAUUUGUGACGCCCCGGGUGAUACGAAGCCUCCUGCUGCGCCCUCUAAUGACACGCUACUUAACACCGCAACUUGUGCGUCCAAUAGAUCUGUCGUCUAUCCUGUCGUAGUUGUUAAUAUAAAUGGUGUUAAAUGUCGCGCCUUAAUCGACACGGGGGCGGGAAGUUCCUACGCCUCGUCUGCAUUGCUCGACAAAAUAAAAGCUAAACCCCAAAAACGAGAAAUGCGACGUAUAGAAAUGAUGUUUGGGACUUCAACCAAUUUGGUUGGAAUUUAUGCUCUAAAAAUAAGCGAUGCAGAGGAGAAGUUUUAUAUCGAGACCGAAGUAACGCGAGUUGAGAGAAGCGACCUCUUGACCUUAGACAAUCCGAAAUACCAACAACUUAUUUCAAACUACAACCACCUCCAAGGCGUAACAAUGCAAGAUCGGGACACAAAGGACCGCCUACCCGUGCAUGUAAUUCUAGGGACUGGGGACUACGCCAAGAUUAAAACGUCGACGAAACCGAGAUUGGGGUCACCUGGAGAGCCAAUCGCUGAGUUAACUAAGUUUGGGUGGACCAUUAUGUCUCCGGGCGGUGAGAAGGUCGACCUGAACAACAUGUUACUGACACAAGUGCACCGGGAAGAUUACGAACAGUUAUGUAGGUUAGACGUUUUGGGCCUACAAGACACUCCAACUGGUGAUCAAGAGAACGUAUACAGCGAGUUCAAAGAGCAGCUAUCGAGAAGCGAGCAUGGCUGGUACGAGACCAACCUCCCGUGGAAAGGCAACCACCCCCCGCUACCUAGCAACGAAAGCGGAAGUUUGAAACGCCUAAACAACCUCGUCAAAAGGCUGCAGAAGCAAGGCAUUCUAGAGCGGUACGAUGGGGUAAUUCAAGAGCAGAUAAAUCAAGGGAUCGUGGAAAAGGUCGAAGCAGAACCACAAGGACGGGAAUUUUACAUACCACACAAAGCAGUGAUUAAAGAAACCUCAGAAACAACGAAGUUACGCAUUGUGUACGACGCGUCAGCGCGAGAGCACGAGAAUUCACCAUCCUUGAACGAGUGUUUAGAGACUGGCCCACCGUUGCAGAACCAUUUAUGGAAAGUGCUCGUCCGAGGACGAUUCCACCCAGUUGCGUUGACUGGUGACUUGAAACAAGCCUUCCUUCAGGUUCGUAUUCGCGAAGGGGACCGAGAUGCCAUGCGCUUCCAUUGGCUCAAAGAUCUGACGACAAAAGAGGUCGUGACGUUGCGCUUUACGAGAGCCCUGUUUGGUUUGUCCCCGUCCCCAUUCCUGCUCGGGGGAGUGAUCCAACAACACCUACAAAAACACGAAGAAGAGCACCCAGAGAUCGUGAAAGAAAUUAGUAAGAGCAUGUAUGUCGACACUUGGUCAGCGGAGGAGAAACAGUCGCGAAGGCGAAACAACUCAAAGAAAUCAGUACUGAGAUCUUUGAAGAUGGGACGUUCCAGCUGCACAAGUGGCACUCGAAUGUUCCUGAACUCGAGCAAACUCCCACAACCUCCUCUGUAG